GAUUCUCAGGGGUUCCACUGUCAAACAGCACAAGAAGAAAGAUAUUUAAUAAAAAGCCUGUCUCGCACCUCCUAGUUCAAUAUAGUUCAUGCCUUGUAAAUAAUUAAUCACCUCUUUGUUAAACUCGCCUCUCCAAUGGCUUCCGACAAACUCGGGACGACCAUCGUACCACUCUCCUCAAGGCCCGAGAUUGCUCAAAUUGUAAACACUGCCAUUGUCUUCUGCGUUCUCAUUGGCAUCUGGUCUGGCCUCCGUGUCUACGCGAGACGGGUACGCCAUAUUUCCCCUUUAAAUACCGAAGAUGUUUUGUUCUACAUCUCGGUGGCGGCCUUCUAUGGCAUGGUCAUAGCUUUAUUCUUGGUGCUCUACCUUGGCGGCGUGGGUUAUCACAUGGACCAGCUCCGACCAGUCCAUAUCGCGAGGCUCACGCAGUCCAUCCUUGCUAUUCAAGGGUUAUACGGCCUCUCCAUGUGCACCAGCAAAUGGAGCAUCUUGUGGAUGCUUAAGCGCAUCUUUGCAGUCCGCUCCUUCCAGAUUGUUACCUGGGCCAUCAUAAUCGUCCAAGCCGCCUGGAUGAUUAUGACGGUACUUAUCGGCUUGUUGAUCUGCCGUCCAGUCCAGAAAAACUGGGACCCAACAGUCGAGGGCACAUGUGGCAAUCAGAUAGCAGGUUAUACCGCUGUCAGCGUCUACAAUGUCAUCGUCGACGUGGCCAUGUGCAUUCUCCCGAUCCCAAUGAUUUACAAGCUGCAGGUCAAGAAGCCGUACAAGGUUGCACUUUUUGGCAUCUUCAGCAUCGGCAUCGUAACCCUGGUCUUUUCUAUUCUCCGCCUCUUAUCUCUUCGAAGCAUCGACUUUGACAAUUUUUCCUACAGCGUAACGGGAGUCAUCAUAUGGACCUACGCAGAGACCGGGGUUGUUAUUCUGGUCGCGUGCUCUCCGCUUUUGCGGCCCAUCUUCGACAAGAUCUUUCGGCGCUUCUUGUCCAGUGCGCGGGGCGAACCGCCUAGGACGUCACAUCCAUCUCUGGACCAUCUCAAUUCAUCCACUGGACGGGCCAAAAUUAGGAGGAAGCGGAGAAGUGGGUUCGUAACUGUAGGCGAAUCUGAGGAGAGUCUAGAACUCGGGGACGUCACGGGCGGCGGUCAUGUCGAGACAAGAGUCAUGGCAGGAAGAAGUAACAGAUUUGCUAGAGGGGGGAUGCUGCGCAGAGAGACUUCAGACCAAGAUCUUCAAAUGGGAAUCGUAGUGGAGAAGGAGGUUUCACAGACAGUCAACCUUGCCAGAUAAGUCUGCAAUGAAACACGCGACAACUCUUGUUUACAAAAGGCUCCUUAUGCCCAACAAGUCAACCACGAUAAACCCCCUCUCUGAUUAGCCCUCUCGUUUGCAUC